GCUUCCAAGUGUUUUUUUGUUUGUGCCUGUUUUUGAUCACACCUGAAUGAUGCGAUCUGAAAAAAAUCCAGAAUGAUAACAGUUUUGUCAAAAUAUCGUUCAAGUGGAAAUUGGUGUAAUUUUUAUUAAAAUUCGUAACCGUAGAAGGCGAAAUUCGCUUCGUUGUUUUCGCGUAACUUUCAGUAUAAUAUACUCUUUCACAAUUCGUUUAUAGUUUGGCCUGCAGAAGGCCCGUUUAGAAAGGAAAUUAUAAAAGCAUCACCACGCCUCUGAAAAUAGGCCUUAGUAAUACUGCGGUAAUGGAUAUGAUGAUCUCCAAUCUGCAGCAACAGCGGCAGAUUAACGAGCAGUUGAGACGAGAAGCUGCCAUCAAACGUAUUUUGGUAUCUCAAGCGGUCCACGAUAUCAUCAGGUAUAUUCAAGAGCAUGAAAACGAAGAUUACUUAUUGAAAGGCUUCAGUUCACAAAAAGCUAAUCCAUUCCGCGAAAAAGGUGGUUGCGAAAUCAUCUAAAAUGCGUUUUAUUUAUUCAUCAUUUAUCCUUUAAUCAAUCUGCCGCUUUAUCUUCAUCUUAUUUUACUUUGUGAAUAAUGGAUAAGUUCUAUUCUAAUUUAUAUACUUGUGUGUGUACUGUGUGUGCGUGUGUUUCUUCAGUUAUGUUAUAUGAUUUAUCUAAGAUGAGUUUUAUUUUAUAAUUAUCAUUAUCAAUAAGGCGUUUUCUCUACUUAUAUAGCCAAAUACUUGAAAAAUAUACUUGUUCGUGUAUUA